GAGAUAGCGGAAGCGGAUGGGAGACGAGAACUCGUGCAUAAGAAAUCACUGCAUCAUCAGUUGGGGAAACUUGCGUCGGAAACAGUAAGUGUAUCUCGCCACACGCCCUUAAUUAUCCCACUGAUCCUCCUGACCCAGACCAUCAUUUAGUUUACCAUCUGUUCUGAGAACAAAUUUAUUAAGCGUUAAUCUCAGUGAGAAGCCAGCAUUUACGGGUAACAGUGCACUCACUUUUACCCUCUGACGUCAUAAGUUUUGCUGUGUUGUCCACUCAGAGACUUUUGUCUGGAACCAUGUCAUGUGACCUGAAAGUAACCAAUGCCAGCUCGGGAAAAGGGAAAAGUCGUAUAAGUGACUGUGCAACUAUUUAUGCCAAAUAAAUUGAGAUGUCUCGCACGUAAUAAGUUAACAGACAAACUGUGGCUGAAUUAUGUCUCAACAGACAAUGAAUCAAGCUGACAUUUUAGCUGAAAAGGUACUUGACGACGUUUUAGAGGAAACGGUGAUUGAAAUGCAGAGGUGAGUGAUCAGUAUGCAAUUCUCCUUAAAAUUUUAAAUGAUUACAAAAUAAAAAGAAAGCAAAGAAGAAGGUGGGGCAGCUUAAAAGAACACACCCAUGGCUUACAGGAUUGUCAUCACCACUAACAAGCAGUGUUUUACUAAAAGUGGCAUCACUUUUGCUGAGCAGUGACCAUGGGGGGCGGGGGGUGGGGGUCAGUCUACAGAAAAAGUGCUUAGAUGUGUCCUGCGGCGAGAAGGACCUGUCGUUUGUUUAUAAUAUAGACCAAAUUUCUGCCUAUACAAGAAGCACUGAUGAAAGUACUGUGAGAGCAAAAGUGAGCUUCCGAACGAUGGUUUUUGCAAAAAAAAAAAAUGGAUAAGAAGAUGGCCAAGAUGUCUAAAUCCAAGGACAGAGAACACAGGAAAAGGGAAACGGAAACGGAAAGAAGUAAACAGUAUAUGUGAUUAUUAGACUAAAUGAUAUUGAGCUCUAUUACGCGAGGAUCAAACGAAGAAGAGGAGCUCAAACUAUAACCUUUUUUCAGUGGUUUUCACAUUAUUUCACAGCAUUCAGUAGUUUUCCUUAGGGAAGGGUGAGCAGGUAAGGAAGGAUUUAAAUUUACUUUUUUUUUUUUUCAUUUUUGUGUAGGCUGGAGGUGGAAGAAGAGGCUGAAAUUGAAGCUGAUAACUUACAAAACAGUUCCACUUUAGAAAAUAUUCUUCAGAGACUACAAAAUUUUGAGGUACAUUGACAUACGGUAUUUUUUACCAGCUCAUGCAGAGACACAGAGGCACUCAUGAUCAGCUAGGCAGUGUGUAUCAGUUGGGCCUGGAGGUUUCAAAUAAACGCAAGAAUAUGCAAAUGUUCCCGUCUCGACUGACUGCCCUCUGCUCUCCAAAGAUAAAUUAAGAUUGAGUGGUCAUCCUAGGAGCCUCCAACGUGAAGUGUUUAGGGAACACUUUGAAUAGCAUUUGCAUGGAGGGGACGGAUGAGCAAGUAGACUGCUGUAAGAAAACUAGUACCCUUUUUUUUCCAGGAAAAAAUCAAGACAAACCUUUGUUAUUAAAGGUGCUUUGUCUCUCUUCCUCUUUCCCAAUCCCUUCGUCAUUAAAAAGGCAAUAUCACCAAGUUAAACUACCACUUGAUAAUUCAACGGGCGUUUACAUCACAUUUAAACACUUGGUCAAUAGCACUUGAGCUUAGGUGCAGUGAAGGCAGUGACAGAGGAGGGCAACAAUCUCCUCGUUAACAAGGAAGUUUCUAUGGCUACCGAGUUAACGUUCUUUGGUGCUCUAUAAAGCAAACACCUCUCUAAAGACACAUAUUGCCAAUUUCUGCUGGUUUUUUUUUUUCUCUUUUUGAAAAACUUGUAUUCCAUCGAAGGCCUUCCUUAUUGAGGACUUGUAUUCAAAAUUGGAGGCCUUCCUUUUUGAGGAGACAUUAGGUUUUAGAAAACUGGUUACUGAUAAUAAAUCUUGUGUUGUUCAUAGAAAGUCGAGGAGGAAAUAAGGCGCCACUGGGUUCAUGUUAAAUAUUCAGAUGUAGAAAAACCCACAGAAAGUCUUUCUUCAGGUAUGUCUGUGUAG